CCAUGCAUGCAUGCAGAUACACAAACGCAUGUAAUGCAUUCAUACAAAUGGAUUUCCCCAAUAUGUAUAUAAGGAAUGAAUGGGAGGACAAGCCAAUCCUUCCCAUUUAUCAGAUCAAAACAUCAUUCAUUUUCAUUUCAAAUUUCCUUUUUCCUUUUUUUUUUUUUUUCAUUCUUCUUUUUCCCAUGAACCAAACACUCCCAGAUAUUUCAAAUCAAAUUACAUGCUAUAAUAAAUCAAGAAAGGUGCCUCCACACAUCGAAGCUGCUUUAAUUCUGUGUUGUUUGGUGUAUCUAAAUUUGCAAUUUGUUAUCAAAUCGGAAUAACAGAAUUGAAAGAAGAAAGCCGGGGAAAAUCUGUGGGGGGCUAUUGAGGAGGAUGAACACGCCCUCAGUUCUUAUUGUGCCUCCUCUCAGAUCUUAGCUUUUUUGCAAGAUUUGGCAUCUGGGUGUUGUUGAAUUGGUGGGUUUGGUGUGAAUCUGAAACUGGGUCUUGGAUCUUAGCUGAAUUGGCUUGGGUUUCGGGGCUGAAUUCAUUGUCGGGGGUUUUCAGGUUUGUUGUUUGAUCGAUGAAGGAUGCGAUUUCGCUGAAUUGAAUCUGGGGAUAUCCAUUCUGUAUAGGAUUUUGAAUUUGUGGGGUUUGUCUAAUUCUUCAAAUAAGAAAAAUGCAAUCCGAUCUUGGCAAGUUAUUUAUCGGUGGAAUUUCUUGGGAUACAAAUGAAGAUCGUCUCAAGGACUAUUUUAGCAAUUAUGGGGAGGUGGUGGAAGCAGUAAUUAUGAAGGAUCGGACUACCGGUCGUGCUCGUGGUUUUGGUUUUGUUGUCUUUGCCGACCCAGCUGUUGCUGAGAGAGUCAUUAAAGAAAAGCAUAAUAUUGAUGGUAGGAUGGUUGAGGCGAAAAAGGCUGUUCCAAAGGAUGACCAGAGCAUUCUGAGUAGAAACAGUGGUAGCAUUCAUGGUUCUCCUGGUCCAGGACGGACAAGAAAGAUAUUUGUGGGAGGGUUAGCAUCAACAGUCACAGAAAGUGACUUUAAGAAGUAUUUUGAUCAGUUUGGGGCAAUCACAGAUGUUGUGGUGAUGUAUGACCACAACACGCAGAGGCCAAGAGGCUUUGGGUUCAUUACUUAUGAAUCGGAGGAAGCAGUGGAUAAAGUGCUGCUCAAAACUUUUCAUGAACUGAAUGGUAAAAUGGUUGAGGUGAAGCGUGCAGUACCCAAAGAGUUGUCGCCAGGUCCAAUCCGGAGUCAACUUGGGGGAUUUAACUAUGGUCUGAGCAGGGUUAAUAGCUUCCUUAGUGCCUACAAUCAGGGAUAUGCUCCAAGCACAGUUGGAGGCUAUGGAGUUAGGAUGGAUGGUAGAUUCAGUCCAAUAGCAGGUGGUCGAAGUGGGUUUCCUCCUUUUGGUUCUGGGUAUGGAAUGGGUAUGAAUUUUGAGCCAGGUUUGAGCCAAAGCUAUGGGGGCAGUGCAAACUUCAAUAAUAAUCUCAACUAUGGACGGGGAUUGAACCCUUAUUAUAUUGGUAAUACAAAUAGAUUUAAUAGUACUAUUGGGUAUGAUGGGGGUAAUGGAGGGAACUCUUCCUUUUUCAGCUCGGCGACUCGGAAUUUGUGGGGUAAUGGGGGCCUUAAUUUUGGAACAAACUCAGCAACUUCCAGUGCUUUCACAGGAUCUGCAAGUGGGACCACCGGAGGAGGUGCCUUUGGCAACAGUGGAACUAGUUGGGGGUCUUCGCUGAUUUCAGCUCAAGGUGGAGGAAGUAAUAUUUCUAGCAAUAGUGGAAAUCUUGGUUAUGGAGGUGGUGACAGCAGCUAUGGUUUGGGAGUGGGAGGGUAUGGAAGAAACAGUGGAACCAGUGUAGCUCCAACCUCAUCAUAUGCUGCAUCAAACAGUGGCUAUGACGGGGCCUUGGCAGAGUUCUAUAGUGGUGGUUCAGUUUAUGGGGACUCAACUUGGCGACCAUCAAAUGCCGAGCGAGAUGGAUCUGGUUCCUUUGGUUAUGGGCUUGGCAAUGCUGCUUCCGAUGUUCCGGCUAAAAGUUCUCCUGGUUAUGUUGGUGGUUAUAGUGUUACUAAAAGACAGUCAAAUAGAGGAAUUGCUGCUUAGGACGAUCAUCAUUGGAUAGCAGGACUUUGUUGUAGGUGAAGAAAAUCUGGUGAAGCAGGUGAAAAAUGUGAAUUUCGCACAUCUCCGCCGUUAAUAUAUUUCUGUUCAAACAUGAACGAGAAAAAAGGAAAAAAAGAAAAAAGAUGUCAAAAAAAAAAAAAAAAAAAACCUUAUCUAGAGCUAACUGGAGUGUGUGCUUUGAAGAAUUAAACUUAGAGAUAGAAGUUACAUGGGAUUUUGUGUUAAGGAUUGAGUUUUUUGAGUUACAUUUUAGGUUUUUCUCUUUUUGUUAUUUGAGUGAGCUGUAAAAUCAGAUUGCGGGAUAUAGUCAGAAAUGUAUCAUGCAUCUCUGGUGAGGCGGCGAUACAUAAAAAAGAUAGACUAUGAUUUUUUCCUUCUUUUAUUUUGCUGUAACGUCUCUGGCAAAGUUGUGGGUUAUCAAGAGGAAUGUUUUGUUUUGUUUUUUUUUUUCUUUCCCUUCAUUGGGUUUUGUUCUUCCUCAGAUUGUACCAGAGGUCUUGUUGAUUUACUAGUGUGAAACGUUUGAGGGAUGCCCAUCUAGGGUCCCUAAUAAUAAGUUACCCCAAUAUGCUGAUUCUUUUCC